AUGUCAAAUGGUACGUUGAGGUUAUUUAACCUAUGAAAAUGUUUUAAUCUUUUUCCCCAUCAAAACUACUUUAUUUAAAUCAACAAGUUAUUCCUAAAAUUUUAUUUUCUGUUUCUGUAAUUAUUCUAUUUAUUUCAGAAAUAGAAACAAGUUUAUUAAUAAUCGUAUUAGAUGUAAAUCCAGUGCAAAGGAUUAUAAAACAGGAAACAAGGAUAUUGACGCAAUGCUUGGAUUCUACUAUCGUUUUUGCCAAUGCACAUUUAAUGCAGUCUUCUAACAAUCAACUUGCUAUCAUAGCAUGUCACAGUCAUGGGGCAAAGUUUUUAUAUCCUUGUGAAAAACCGGUAGAAAUUAGACAAAUUGAUGGGCAAUAUGAAAAGUUUACCAUGGUAGAACGUACUGUAAGGCAACAACUGCAACAAGUUAUCAAUGAAAUUUCCUUGGACAAACCAUUAAAUGGAGAAAGUCUUAUAUCAGGAGCAUUGACCAUGGCAUUAUGUUAUGUUGCUAGGUUAGAAAGAGAAAAGAUUGCUGGUGAGAAAAUAUAUUCAAGAAUCCUUGUCAUCACAGCAAGUAAUGAUUCAGCAACACAAUAUAUGAAUUACAUGAACAUAUUCUUCACUGCCCAAAAAAUGGGAAUAAUAUUGGAUGUAUGCAGUUUAGACCAAGAAUUAACUUUACUCCAGCAAGGCUGUGAUAUUACUGGUGGGAAUUAUUUAAAAGUGCCCCAACUUAGUGGAUUAUUACAGUAUUUAUUGUGGAUAUUUUUACCAGAUCCAAAUGUUAGAUCAAAAUUAGUACUCCCGCCACCUGUGAAAGUAGAUUAUAGAGCAGCAUGCUUUUGUCACCAAGAAUUGAUUGAUAUUGGCUAUGUAUGCUCCAUAUGUUUAUCAAGUAAGACAAACUAAGAAAUAAAAUUUAUUUUAUUAUUUUUAUAUAAAUCUGUGUAAAGUAAUAAGUGAAUAUAUUUUUCAGUAUUUUGUAAAUUUAGUCCAAUAUGCACAACUUGCCAGUAAGUAUUAUAGUAAUGUUUUAAUUUGGCAUAAUUGUCUUAGUUCAUACUUUUUAUGUCUUUUGUUUCUUUCUUACAGCACAGUAUUCAAAAUGCCAGGACCUAUUCCUAUAAAAAUGAAAAAAAAGAAAAAGAAUAUAGAUAUAGUACAUUAA